AUGAAGUUCACCAACAUCGCAACUCUUCUUUCCACCAGCGCAGGUGCCCUUGCCGCCGGUCCCAGCGCUACAGCCAAGAAGGCCACAGCCAUUGAGUCCAUCACGGGCGACAACGGCAUCACCACCCCCCUCCCCAUCCAACCCGGCAUGGUGGACAACUGCGACGCCUUCUACUACGUCAAGCCCGGCGACAACUGUCUCAUGAUCUCUGCCCAAUUCGGAAUCUCCUUUGACCAGUUCAAGGAAUGGAACCCCACCGUCGGCAAGGACUGUCUUAGCCUCUGGGCCGAUGCCAACGUCUGUGUUCGCACCAUUGGCUUUGAGUACCCAGAGACUGCUGCUUGUUACGGCAAUGAGGACAUUCUCCCUUGGGGAAGUAACAAAGUUGCUGCUGCGAAGGCUGCUACUGAGUGGUGCAGCAAUGGCGCGAAUGGUAUUUACAACAUUGGUGAGAAGAGGACCAAGUGUGUUGAUGCGCCUUCGGGUGACGGCAAGUUUAUCUUUGAGAUCUACAAUGAGUGGGGAACUCGAAAAGCUAUUCUUCCCACCGAGUGUCAGAGAAAUCUCCUUCUUCCUAUCUCCAAGUGCCCUGAGGGAGGUCAGGGACGCAUGAAGAGCUGGCACACAGAGACUUCCCUCGAGAAGGGCAAGUGUUAA